AGGGUGGGACCUGUACAGGAAGAAUGGAUUGCACCUGAACUGGAAGGAGACCAAUGUCCUGGGUGAAAGAAAAGGAUCUUGUAGUGAAUGAAACCAUUGAGGAGCAGGUAAGCAUGCUGGAACGAAUAGAGAUUGAGGAAGCUAAUGUGCUGAAAAUUUUGACAAACAUUAAGAUUGACAAGUCACCAGAGCCAAACCAGAUUUGUCCUCGGCUGCUUUGGGAAGCAAGAAAUGUGAUUGCUUCACCGCUUGCGAAGAUCUUUGCAUCCUUGCUCUCCACCAGUGUCGUACCUGAGGAAUGGAGGGAGGCAAGUGUAAUUCCUCUCUUCAAGAAAGGAAAUAUGGAAAUCCCCGGCAAUUACAGACCACUUAUAGACCCAGGAAAGGUGCAGACUGUAUUGGAGUCCUCUAUUGGCUAUGCUGUAACCACCUUGCAGCUUCUGACAGCAUUUUGGUUUUUGCGUUCAACAUACAAAAUCGUACAACAUCACCCUGAGAAAUGGCCAUUUUAUCAUCUCUUCUUUCCUGCAUUCGCUUUAUGGUUCUUUGCAGUGCCUAUCAGUAGCCUUUUUGGACAAUUUAUGAUUGUAAACUGGAAACGUGAACGUAUUAUGAACACAGUCUCACUAUUUUUGAAAUUCUAUGUCUAUAUUGUUAUGUUGUUUCUGACCAGGCCAUUCCAAUCAAAUUUAAGGUUUCCCUAUCACAUCGACACCUCGAGGAUUGCACUUAUGAGAUAUGCAUCAGAAUCCCAGGAAAACUUAGAGCAAUUAGGACACCAUAUAUACAAAAAUAUCAGUAUGACAAGUUUCAUUAAUGGCAGUUCCACAGCUCCUAAUGUUCCCAAUUCCAGUGGAGCAAACAUAUGGGGACUGCAAGAGGAUACAGAUUUCACUAAAGGUCUGUUAGAAAGAACCCAAAGUCCGAUUGAUUCCAGAUUUGGAUUCAUUAAGAAGCAAGAGACAAACCAAUGGAUUUAGUGAAGAUCUCCCAAGUUUGUCGAUCUGCAAGAGAGCUACUUUUAAAUGGAUGCAUCUUUUUGUUAAAAGUGAACAUAUACAAUCCAGUAAUGCAAUAUUGCUGUUGAAAUUCUAGCUGU